AUUGCUGUCUCUGUGUCAGUGUGUGUCCCUGAUGUAAGUGUGUGUUGUUGAGUGAGCGACUGUGUGUGAGUGUGUGUGACUGUGUGAGCUGAUCCGUCAUGACAGAGCUGUGUGUGAAGUGGUCGUGUGAGUACUGCACGUAUGAAAACUGGCCGUCUGCUGUGAAGUGCACCAUGUGCCGGGCGCAGCGUCCCAGCGCAGCCAUCAUAACAGAGGAGUUGUCCCCGAGCGGCGCCGGACACCAGUGUGACCCCGAGGGUAACGACAGCCUGCUCAUCUGCCCUGACUCCAGCGCCCGGCCCCGUGUCCGCCCGACCCAGUCCUCCGAGCACAGCGGCAAAUGGUCGUGUCAGGUGUGCACUUACCUGAACUGGCCCAGAGCGAUCCGCUGCACCCAGUGCCGCAGUGUCCGGCAGCGUGUGUGUAGCCCCACAGAAACCCCCCAGACGUCCAGGAGCAGACGGGGCCCCGCGGCCGGCCCUCCAGUGGAUCCAUGUGAGGAGUACAACGACCGGAACCGACUCAACACACGAGCACAGUGCUGGACCUGCUCGUCCUGCUCCUACGAGAACUGGCCCAAAUCCCCUCGCUGCGUGGUGUGUGACCACCCCAGACCCAACGAGCCUGACGAGCCCUCGUCCCUGAAUAACGAGCGGGACCGCGGCCGAGCGCGGGGGGUGUGCAGCGGGGCACAGCGGCUCUCGUCUGUCUCCUCUAAACCUGAGGCAGAGCUGCAGAUCGAGCUGGCCGCUGGAGCUCAGAGCGGUCAGGAGGAGAUCGAGCUGGACAACAAGAAGAUCAAACAGAUCAAGAACCGCAUGAGGAGAACCGACUGGCUGUUCCUGAACGCCUGCGCCGGUGUAGUCGAGGGCGAUCUGUCUGCGGUGGAGGUCUAUAAGUCUUCAGGAGGAGACAUCGCUCGUCAGCUGACCUCCAGCGAGGUGCGUCUGCUCAACCGACCCUCAGCAUUCGACAGCGGCUUCACUCUCGUUCACCUCGCCAUCCGCUUCCAGAGACAGGACAUGCUGGCCAUUCUGCUGACCGAGGUGUGUGUGUGUGUGUGUGUGAGAGAGAGAGAGAGAGAGAGAGAGAGAGAGAGAGAGUGAGAGUGUGUGUGUGUG